AGGAGCACAGGACUGGACACAGACGUGGGCUCAUGUUUUCUACUGUAAGCGGAGGGAGAACUGAGGAGAGAGAAGGAGGAGGAGGAGGAGGAAUGUGUGGAUUACAGUGGCAAGUACCAACAGACUGAAAUAAACGAGGAGAGAAGUAUUUGAUUGAGGGGGAAAAAAACAGGAAAACAAACGACACGGCGAGCAGCAACAGAGCAAAAGCAGAAUAGGGCGAGAAAGAGAGAGGGAGGAAGAGAGAGGGAGAGAAAGAAAGCCAGAAGGAGAGAGAGAUUAAGUACAUACCGCUGCAGGUGUGCUGAGCUAGAUCAAACAGCGAAGGGGGCUGAGGGAGAGUAAAGGGUCUGUUCACAGCACGCUGUGUGGAGUUACCGUGGAGACCAAAUGGUGAAUUAGAACAUUCCCUUCUACUGAACUCUCCCGAACCCUCUGGAACCUGGACUGACCAAUCAGAGAGAGUGAAUGUGUUACAUGGAUGUCUAUCUGUUAGAGCAGAGGUGUUGAAGCAAGGAAAAGUGUUACCUAUUGCCAGGUACCUGACCUGUGGAAGAGCUCCAGUGAGGUAGGUUGAGAGCUCGACGUGUUGAUUGACAGGCAUCAGGUUGAGGCGAUGUCUCUAAAGCGGGGCUAUGCCUGGGUCCGGGGCCACGCCUUCUCUGAUGACACGGAGACCAAUGGGCUGCAGGUGGAUCCUGAACCGGAACCAGAGGAGCUAGACUGGGAUUCGUUCAGUACGGCACUGGAACAGAGACUGGCUGCUGUGGGUAUACUGGAGCAGGAGUGUUCCCAGGCAUCGGCGCAGCAUUGUGCCCAGCUGGAGAAGGCCAGACACGGCCUGGAGCUGCAGCUGUCCAGCCUGUCUGAGCGCCUGGAGGAGGAGGAGGCUUGCUCGGCCCAGCUGGCCCACCACAGAGAGAGGCUAGAGGCAGAGAACAGCAGCCUCAGACGAGACCUGGAGGAACUGGAGAGUGCUCUGACUGCCAUCGAGAGAGACAACCAGUCGUCAGAAGGCUCAGUCAGGAAGCUGUCAGAGGAGCUCUCCCAGAGAGAAGUUGUUGUCCAAAAGCUUCAGAAGGAGAAAGAACACCUGGUGGAACUCAGCCAGACACAGACAUUUUGUUUAAUCCCCACCUACAUACAGCAGGCAAUUGAAGACCUGCAGAGUGAGGAGGAGAAGGUGAACCUUCUGACUAAGGAGCGAGCAAAACUACAGGUGAAGGCAGAAGAUUUGGAGUGCCUGUUAGAACAGGAGCGGUGUCAACGCGGGGAGCUGGAGAAAACCAGGAGGAAGCUGGAGGGAGACAGCAGGUCCACUCUGAAGAACCUCGGAGAGAUGGAGAAGAUGAGGAGCAGCCUGGAGGAGCUCAUCAAGAAGAAAGAUGUGGAAAUAAGCAUCACCAGUACCAAGCUUGAGGCAGAGGAGGCCCUUAACAUCGGUCUGCAGAGGAAAAGCAAAGAGCUUCAGGUUCGUAUUGAGGAGCUAGAGGAGGAACUGGAGACAGAGAGAGCCAUGAGGGCCAAGGUGGAGAAGCAGAGAGCUGAUCUGACCAGAGAACUGGAUGAUCUGACUGACAGAUUGGAGGAGGCAGGUGGAGCCACAGCAUCACAGAUUGAAGUCAAUAAGAAACGGGAGGCGGAGCUCCAGCGCAUGAGGCGGGACUUGGAGGAGUCCUCUAUCCAAUCGGAGGCCCUGGCUGCGUCGCUAAGGAAGCGUCAUGGCGAAGCAAUGGCGGAGCUGGGUGAGCAGUGUGAGGUUUUACAGAGGACCCGGGCCAAGCUGGAGAAGGAGAAACAGAAUCUACGCAUGGAGGUGGAGGAUCUGGCCGCUUCACUAGACACCCUGCAGAAAGCCAAGGCAUCCACAGACAGCCAGCUGAAGAAGCUGGAGGAACAGCUCUCUGAGGCCCACAACCGAGCAGAUGACCUGCAGAGAGCCCUGACUGAGGUCAAUGUAGGCAGGAACAGACUCACAGCUGACAACACAGACCUGGCCAGACAGUUGGAGGAGGCAGAAAGCAGAGCCAACCAAGCUAUCCGCUCCAAGACUCUGAUACUGACCCAACAUGAAGACAUCAAGAAACAGAUGGAUGAGGAGAUCAAGUCUAAGCUUGCCCUGGGCAGUAGUCUGGCGGGGUUACGUCAGGAGUGUGAGGUGUUGAAGGAACAGCUGGAGGAGGAGCAAGAGAGCAAACUGGAGCUGCAGCGCCUCGUCUCCAAACUCAACACUGAGGUCACCCAUUGGCGGAGCAGACACGAAGCAGACACCAUCCAACACUCUGACGAACUGGAGGAGACCAAGAAAAAGCUAGCAUCAAGGCUCCAGGAAGCUGAAGAGGCAGUGGAGGCCACCCAGGCCAAGUGCUCCUCUCUGGAGAAGACCAAGCAGAGGCUACAGGAAGAGGUGGAGGAGCUCUGUAUAGAUCUGGAGAAGGCCAGUAGCUGCGGCCAGGCGCUGGAUAAGAAGCAACGCAUCUUGGAGAAGCAACUGGGUGACUGGAGGCAGAAGUGUGAAGAGCUGGUGGCAGAGUUGGAGGGAUGUCAAAAGGAGAGCAGGCAGCACGCCACCGAGCUCUUCAAAUUGAAGACUGUCCAUGAAGAGGCCCUGGAGCAGGGAGAGGUCCUACGCAGGGAGAACAAGGCCCACCAAGAAGAGAUAGCUGACCUGACUGACCAGCUCUCCGAUGGAGGGAAAAGCGUUCAUGAGCUACAGAAAACUAAAAAGAAGAUAGAGAUGGAGAAGGAGGAGCUGCAGGCUUCGUUGGAAGAGUCUGAAGCUGCCUUAGAGGCAGAGGAGACCAAAGUGCUGCGUCUACAUCUGGAGCUGUCCCAGGCCAAGGCAGACAUGGAGAGGAGGCUCCAGGAGAAAGAGGAGGAGUUUGAGGUUGCCAGGAAAAGCCACCAGAGGGCAAUAGAGUCCCUGCAGGCCAGUCUAGAUGUGGAGGUCAAAGGUCGGGGGGAGGGGUUGCGGGUUAAAAAGAAGCUGGAAUCUGAUCUGAAUGAGCUGGAAUUACAAGUGGACCUGCUCACCAAGAACAAUACGGAACUCACCAAGAACACGAAGAAGAUGCAGCAGCAGAUCAAAGAACUGCAGGGCCAAUUAGAGGAGGAGGUCCGUGGGCGGGAGGAGAAGAACGAAGGGCAGGCUGCGUUGGAGCGACGCUGCCUCCUGCUGGUGAGCGAGGGAGAGGAGACGCGCGCUGCGUUGGAGAAUGCAGAGAGACAACGCAAAGCACUGGAGAUUGAACUGACAGAGACCAACGACAAGUACAACGACCUCAACAACCAGUUCCAGUCAGCGCUGAGCGGCAGGAGGAAGAUGGAGGUGGACCUCCAGGCUCUGCAGCAGGAGCAUGAGGAGCUGCAGAAUGAACUAAGGGGAGCCAGCGACAAGAUCAAGAAAACUAACUGUGAGGCAGCGCGUGUGUCCGAGGAGCUCAGGUUGGAGCAGGAGCACGCCCUACACCUGGAGCGUGUGAAGAAGGGUCUGGAGGCCCAAAUAAAGGACAUGGGCACCAGGCUGGAUGAGGCUGAGCAGAUGGCCCUCAAAGGAGGCAAGAAGAUCAUCCAGAAACUGGAGGGAAAGGUGAAGGAGUUGGAAUUGGAGCUGGACACAGAGCAAAAGCGUCAUGCUGAGACUGUAAAGACCCUGCGUAAGAAUGAACGCCGUCUGAAGGAGCUGCUGUUCCAGUCCGAGGAGGACCAGAAGAACCAGCACCGCAUGCAGGAACUGGUGGAGAGACUCCAGAACAAGAUGAAGGCCUACAAGAGACAAGUAGAGGAGGCGGAGGAGCAGGCAAACAUGAACCUGGCCAAGUACAGAAAAACAGUGAAUGAGCUGGAUGAUGCUGAGGAGAGGGCAGACAUAGCGGAGUCAGCACUUACCAAGAUCAGGACCAAGAACCGUGGCAGCUUCGGCAAGGGGUACUCCUCUGGUUACAGCACACCCUACCCCGGGGGGAUUGUAAGAUCACCCAGUUCUGUGGGGUCAGAGGGUAGAGGUGAGAAGAUCAUCAACGAUGACAACGACUCUGUCAGCUCCCUCGUCCCAGCCUAUCUGAACUCCCUGAAGAAGCUCAUGAUAGAGUAAUACCUCAGGGAGUAAAGAAACAUGUACCGUCCUGUGUGUUGCCUUUUAAGACAAAACCAGUAUCCCUUCAUAAAAGCAGUGUCAGUAUUUUAUCAUUCUAUUAUUUUAUAUAAAAUUAUAUAAAUGAUCAUUUUAAAUAGGUUGUUGUCCAACUGAUUUCAUACAUGCUGUCAUCCUAUCGGGGUAUUACAGUUUAGUUAUAAUUCUGAGAACUUUGACAUCCAUUACUACAGCACACAUAGGUAUAGUCUCCAUCUACAAAUUAUUAAAUAUUGAUUCAUGGUUGAUAAGCAUUGAUUGACACAUUUAAGAACUAAAAAGGGAGGUCAAAAUGGAGAUGUCUUCAAAUGUCCCUCUUUACAUUUUCUCAGCCACAGUGUUUGACCAAGUCAAGAUAGGACCCAGUGGAUUUUAUAACUAGGGGCAGAAUCCUCACAUGUAUAUUUCAUUUGUAACUCACAUCUUUCACAAGCAUCUGAGGUUAGAACCAAAUGCCGUCCAAUAGGAAUUUUGUUCCUAUUGACAAAGACACUAUAACAAAGUUUACCUUUUUAUAAUGUGCAAAAUGUUUACUUUCAUCCAUAUAGUGCUAUAUCGCAGGCCAAAAAAAUACAUUUUAUUGUUCAAUGUGAAAAUGUAUUUUUAGGAUUUAUUUUUAUUAUUACUUAAAUAUAUUAUUUUACACAAGGUAUUUUAUCACAAACACAACCACUUCCAAAAGUAAUAUGGUUAUAUUGUAAAAUAAAAAAACAGCAGAAAGAAUCUACCACUUGCUCUACUGCAUUUUGUUAUAU